AUGGCUUCCUCGCGCUGGUGGCUUUACAUCCAAGCCGUGGUCUGGCGCUUCCUCAUGGGUAUCGGCAUGGUGCUGCACACACUGGCGCCGCCUCGACCUCCUCGGCCCACGUUCACUCGCACCCUUCACUCAGAAACCUCUACUAGUGUAGUGAUCCAUUUCUAUUGCCCACCGGAUUAUCAUCAACAGCGCCGCCAGGGUCAUCGCUACCCCGUCGCGGUCAAUUUCCAUGGUGGAGGAUUCACUCUGGGGUCUGCGACCGACGAUGGCCGCUGGUCGGCCGCAGUCGUGGAGCAAGUUGGUGCUGUUGUCGCCAGCGUGAGUUAUCGCCGCGCACCAGAGCAUCCAUUCCCGACCGCGGUCGAUGAUGGUGUUGAGGCUCUGCUUUACUUGGCUGCGAACGCCUCGGAUUUGGCGUUGGACGUGAGUCGCGUGGCAUUGAGCGGGUUCUCAGCGGGUGGCAAUCUGGCCGUCACCGUGCCUCUACGACUCCGGGGUCGGAUCGUGAGCGCCAUCAAGGAGCAAUUGGGCCGGGCGGACUCGACCCAGCAAUUGAUGAAUCAGACCAACGAGCUCCGGAUCGUGGCCCUCUUUUGCUGGUAUCCGAUUCUAGACUUCCUCGAGUCCCGUGACCAUCGCCGUGCGAUGAGCAUCAUGCCCAACAAGACAUUACCCAAGUUCUUCACGAAUCUCUUCGAUGAAGCAUACCUGCCCAACAUAGAGGACCGGUCGUCUCCGUAUGCAUCGCCAGUGCGCGCAUCUGAUGAAGCUCUUCAUGAUGCCUUACCCGACGAUGUAUUUUUGUUCAUUUGUGAGUGGGAUAUGUUGAUGAAGGAAGGGCAAACUUUUGUGCGACGGCUGGAGGGGUUGGGUAAAAAGGUGCGGUCCAUGAUGAUUGCUCAAGCGCAGCACGCGUGGGAUAAAUCCGCCAAUCCCUUCAGGGACCAAGGCAGCGUGGACAUUCACUACCGUGACGCCUGUGCUGACAUGAAGGCCAUCUUCGACCGGUGA